GUAAUAUUGUUGUAAACAUCCAGUACGUUAUUUUUUGUAUAUAAAUACCCUCAAAUUUCAUGUUCUUCAAGCUGCAUAUAUAGAACCUGUACAAUAAACCGACGACAAGGGGAUCAUUCAAGAAUGAAGAUAUUAGUUGUGCUGCUAUUUGUUGUGGGAGUUUUGAAUGUGCAUUGUGCAUCAAUAACGAUUUCCUCAAAAGAGAAUGAUGACUUCAAAGUGAUCAAAAAUCACAAAGAUCUCACUGACGCUGUAUCGGAGCAUUGCGAACCAACUCAAGAAGACCUCUUGGGCCCAUUUUUUAAACCAGAUACAGCGGAAAAUAAUCACAUUUGUAUGCGAUAUAAAAAUUAUACCAUUCUACCGAAGAUCAGUAUAAAAGGAUACGUGAAGAAUGUGGACUGUGAUGCACUGAGUGGAGCGAAAAUUGAGAUUUGGCAGGCAGAUGAGGAAGGGGGAUACCACAAUGAUAAUACAUGCAGGGGAUACAUCCUCUCAGAUGAGAAUGGCUUCUAUAAUUUUGAAACAAUUCAUCCUGGACGUUAUGUAGUUAAUGGGCAGUUUAGGCCAGCCCACAUCCACAUUUUCACCACAAAGCCUGGAUAUCAUAGCCUAGUAACUCAGAUCUACUUUGAAAAUGAUCCGUAUUUGGGAGUUAGCGACGCAUGUCCACCUCCAUACUGUCACUCUAAUGAUCCUCAUAGAACAAUUAGUUUGGAGACAGUCGGGUCUACCAGACAAUCUGAGGGUUUUUUCGAUAUUGUUCUCGACAGCUAACACAAUAUAACGUUGCAGUCUCUAUAAUGGAGAGAUUUCGCCUCUGAACGUUUUUUAUAAUAAUAACGAA